AUGGCUGCAAACACUACAUCUACUGCAGCAACUUCUUCUCCUGGUGGCAUGUCCCUGUCUCUGCUGCCCAUUGUCCUGCUGUCUGUGGCCCUGGUUGUGGGGCUUCCCGGCAAUAGCUUUGUCGUGUGGAGCAUCCUGAAGAGGAUGCAGAAACGCUCUGUCACCGCCCUGCUGGUGCUGAACUUGGCCCUGGCCGACCUGGCCGUGUUGCUCACUGCUCCCUUUUUCCUACACUUUCUGGCUCGGGGCACCUGGAGUUUUGAAGUGACCGGUUGCCGCCUGUGUCACUAUGUCUGUGGAGUAAGCAUGUACGCCAGCGUCCUGCUUAUCACUAUCAUGAGCCUGGACCGCUCACUGGCAGUUGCCCGCCCCUUUGUGUCCCAAAAGGUUCGUACUAAAGCCUUUGCCCGAUGGGUGCUGGCAGGUAUCUGGGUGGUGUCUUUUCUGCUGGCCAUACCGGUCCUUGUGUACCGCACAGUAACACCCAAGAACAAGACGUUGAUCUGCGACUCGAGGUAUCCCAGCGACGGGCAUAAAGUCUUCCAUCUGCUCUUUGAAGCCAUCACGGGCUUCCUGCUGCCCUUCCUGGCGGUGGUGGCCAGCUACUCUGACAUCGGGCGCAGACUGCAGGCUCGGCGCUUCCGCCGCAGCCGCCGCACCGGUCGCCUGGUGGUGCUCAUUAUCCUGGCCUUCGCCGCCUUCUGGCUGCCUUAUCACCUGGUGAACCUGGUGGAAGCCGGCCGCACGCUGGCCGGCUGGGACAAGAACAGCCCUGCUGGGCAGCGUCUGAAGCUGGCCCGCUACGUGCUGAUCGCGCUGGCCUUCCUGAGCAGCAGCGUGAACCCGGUGCUGUACGCGUGCGCAGGCGGCGGCCUGCUGCGUUCGGCGGGCGUGGGCUUCGUAGUCAAGCUGCUCGAGGGCACUGGCUCCGAGGUGUCCAGCACCCGUCGCGGAGGCACUUUGGUCCAGACCCAGAAGGCCACACCCACCUGUCCUGAACCGGGCCCCGCCGACAGCUUCAUGACUUCCUCCACCCCUCCUGAAUCUUCGAAGUGAACUGUAGUAG